AUGUUGAAAUCUGUCAUUACAUCUCUUUUGGUUGCAAACCUAUUGUUCGCCUCAAGUGCACAAGGAUGGGUAUUGAAAAAAACUUACCAAGGCUCUAGUUUCUUUGAUGGAUUCAGUUUCUUUACUGAUGCUGACCCUACCCAUGGCUUUGUUCAAUAUGUUGACAAGUCAACUGCACAAUCUGCUGGCUUGAUUUCUACUCAAGGAGGAAAGGUCAUCAUGAGAGCCGAUAAUACCACAGUUAGUGCUAACGGCAGACGCUCUGUCAGAAUUACUUCCAAUGACGCUUAUUCCAACUCUGCACUUGUCUUGCUUGACCUUGAACACAUGCCAGUCGGGUGCGGCACUUGGCCCGCUUUUUGGAUGGUCGGCCCUAACUGGCCCAACAGCGGUGAAAUUGAUAUUAUUGAAAAUGUAAACAAGGCUACUCUCAACCAAGUUACUUUACACACCAAACAAGGAUGUAGCUUUGCUGGUGUUUCCCGCACACAGAUUGGAAAGACUUUGACCGAUAACUGUGACGUCAAUGCUGCUGGCCAACCAAGCAAUGCUGGCUGUGGUGUUCAGGCUACGAACGCAAACACCUAUGGUGAUGGUUUGAACAACAUUAGGGGUGGUGUUUAUGCUACUAGAAUGACAGCAAGUCAAGGUAUCCAAGUUUGGUUCUUCCCUAGAAACAACAUCCCAUCUGAUAUCUCCAGUGGUAAUCCUAACCCACCCUCAUGGCCAACUCCUCUUGCUUCCUUCCCAUUCCAAUCUGGUCAUUGUACCAUUGACUACUUCAAUAAUCUUCAAAUUGUAUUUGAUUUGACCUUCUGUGGUGAUUGGGCUGGCUCCGUCUAUGGUUCUUCUGGCUGCCCUUCUAACUGUAAUGAUUAUGUUAAGAACAACCCAGGCGCAUUCAGUAACGCUUAUUGGUCUGUCAAUUACGUUAAAGUCUACCAGUAA